AGACUUAUUCUACGAUCGCAGAUUUAGGUUUAUGUAUACCUGCUAAUAGUACUUCAUCAGUGGCCACAUGUGAGAAAUCGUUAAAGGGGAAUAAUUUAGUGUAUGGUGUGUUACCGUUCAUUGCUCCAGAAGCCUUUCUAGGAAAUCCUAUCCCGAAUGCACUUGCACCGAAACGUUUUAGGGAUUUGGCUCAACGUUGUUGUGAUCCGGAUCCAUUGAAAAGACCUACUGCAAAACAUUUGAAAUAUAUUCUUGAUUAUUGGUAUCAAUGUGCAAAUGGAAAUUUGAGACACAGCUCUAAGUGUAUGAAGAUCAUGAACGAAUUUUUAAGAGCUGAUGAUCAAGCUAGUAUGUUAUUUCAAGAAAAUGGGGUGUUUGAACAAGAGGAAGAAAUGAAGGAAAAAACAUGGUUCACAA